AUGAUCUCCAAAAGAGCCCUCUUCACAGAGAAUGAGGACUACAACCAAGCACAGGUGCUACUUCUUUCUGUUGGCUCGUCCAUCAUCUGGGUCAUGGUGCCCGGUUUGGCAUUUCUAUAUUCUGGUUUAUCCAGAAGAAAGUCGGCAUUGUCGGCCAUUUGGGUCGUGAUUAUGUCUUCGUUUGUGGGCUGCUUUGCAUGGUACUUCUGGGGCUACUCUUUGGCCUUUUCUACUUCCAACAAUAACUUUAUUGGCGACUUGAGGGCGUUUGGCCUUAAAAACGUCGUGGGCAGAGCCUCGCUUGAAGAAGCAUACCCAGAAAUAGCAUGGGCGCUUUUCCAGUUACAGUUUUUAUUGGUCACUUUGGCCAUUUUGGCUGGCGCCUGUAUUGCUGAGCGUGGUCGGUUUUUACCCACCAUUGUUUUCUUCUUUUUAUGGUCUACCAUCGUCUACUCGCCUGUGGUCUACUGGAUCUGGGGCGGCGGCUGGGCCCUGACGUGGAACGGUGGUGCUUUGGAUUACGCUGGCGGUGGUCCUGUGGAGAUUCUUUCUGGUGUUUCUGCGUUUGUGUACUCUGCAUUCUUGGGAAGAAGAAACCAGGACCUUAUGAUCAACUAUAGACCGCAUAACAUUUCUACAAUCUUUUUGGGUACGUCUUUGUUGUACUUUGGCUGGUUGUUCUUUAAUGGUUUCUCAGCUGGAAAUGUGUCUUUGAAAGUACCAUAUGCCAUGCUUAACACCCACUUGUGUGGAGCCUUUGGCGCCAUUUCCUGGUGCCUUUUGGAUUACCGUCUUGAAAAGAAAUGGUCCAUGGUUGCUGCUUGUUCGGGCUGCAUUUCUGGCCUUGUCGCUGCUACGCCUUCUUCUGGAUGUAUCCCAUUAUGGGCUUCAGUCAUUUUGGGCAUCACUGCUGGUGUGGUGUGUAACUUUUCCACCCAGCUUAAAUACCUCUGCCGUGUUGACGAUUCCCUUGAUGUCAUGGCAGAGCACGGUAUCGCAGGCAUGGUUGGGUUAAUCUUCAACGGUCUCUUUGGCUCCAAAACCGUCAUUGGCUACGAUAACGUCACCGACCAUUUGGGCGGCUGGCUCGACCACAACUGGAAACAAUUGUACAUUCAAAUUGUGUACAUUUUGGCCACCACAGCUUACUCUGGCGGUGUCACUGCCGUUUUGUGUUUUGCCAUUGACAACAUCCCAGGUCUCCAUUUAAGAGCAGACUAUGCUGCUGAAGAACAAGGUAUUGACGAAGACCAGAUCGGUGAAUUCGCCUAUGACUACGUCGAAGUCAGAAGAGACUUCUUAGACUGGGGCCUGCCUUCCACGCCGAAAGAACACAUUUCCCAGCCUAUCCAGGAAGUGGUUGGAGUGGAGCCUGAGCAGAUAUACCAAAACGUGGAUCCUGAAACGCUGAGCGGGGUGAUUUCCAGCCACGAAGAAAGCCAAAUAAACGAGAAGGAGGAUCUUCCGAGACCGAAAGAGGACUAA